UGUUAGAUAAAAUGAGAACACUGGAGACUGAAAGUGAAACUGUUGAAGCUGAACAAUUUCAACUCCGUAGCAUUUAAGAACGUUCAAGAUAUCUAAUACGAAAGUAGAUUCCAGCCUCACACGUCACACUGCUCGGCUAUAACAAGAUAAUUCCUUGAAGAUGGGGCACCCAUCCAAACCUGUGCAACAGACAUCCAGACCAUUGCAGGUGGUGUUACUUGGUACAACAGGAGCAGGGAAGAGUGCCACAGGAAACACCAUCCUGGGACGAAAAGAUUUUGUCUCAAAGAAAAUAUUAAAAUCAGUGACUGCUAAUAUUGAGAAACAAAAUGUCACCAUUGAAGGAAGAGAUCUUGUCGUGUAUGACACUCCAGGAUUCUGUAACUCUGAUCAAUCUGAAGAGCAAAUUCAGGAGAAAUUCCAGGAUGUCCUCAAGUUAACCUCAUCUGGUCCCCGUGUGUUUCUCCUGGUGGUGAAGUUAGAUAGAUUAACAGAAGAAGAGAAGAGGGUCAUCAGUAAAGUAGAAUAUCUUCUAGGAGAGAGUCUUUUGAAGCAAACCUGGAUCCUGUUCACCAGAGGAGAUGAGUUGGAAGACCAGACUAUAGAAGAAUACAUUGAGGAGUCAGAUGACCUCACACAAGUGAUGAGAAAAUACGAUGGAAGAUACCAUGUGUUCAACAACAAGAGGGGUGAUCCUGAGCAGGUCAAAUCACUGCUGGAAAAGACAUCCAUCUGUCUCAAUUCAACWGUUUCAAGGAGCUCCUCCAUCAGGAAUCUCCCAGAGAGAAGGAUUGUUCUGCUUGGAAAAAGCGGUGUUGGGAAGAGUGCAACAGGAAACACCAUCCUAGAUGGAGAWUAUUUCCAUUCUGAACUGAACCCGUCCUCAGUAACACGUGAAACAGAAAUGAAGCAGGCAGCAGUAGAUGGGAGGGAUGUCAGUGUAGUUGACACUCCAGGACUGUUUGACACACAGCUUACUGCUGAAGAAUUGACAAAGGAGAUUGUUAGGAGCAUCUAUGAGUCUAGUCCAGGGCCUCAUGCCUUCCUCUUAGUUUUACGAGUGAAUGACAGGUUCACAGAGCAGGAGAAAAAACCUAUUGAAAUUCUAGAGAGUGUUUUUGGGUCAGGACUGGCAAAGCACACCAUCAUCCUCUUCACCCAUGGAGAUACUUUAGAGGGUAACAGUCUAGAGAAGCUGAUUGGUGGGAACAGUGACCUCAGUAGAGUGGUAGAGCAGUGUGGAGGGAGGUACUAUGUCCUCAACAAUAAAGCAAGAGGAAGCAGAGCUCAGGUCACAAAGCUGAUGGAGAAGAUAGACAGAAUGGUGGAGGAGAAUGGAGGAACCUGCUACACCAAUGAGAUGUUUGAGGAUGCAGCCAGGGCUAAGAAAGAGGAGGAGGAGAGGAUCCAGAGGGAGGAGGAGGAGAGGAUCCAGAGGGAGAAGGAGUGGCUCCAGAAAGAGGAGGAUGAGAGGAUCCAGAGGGAGAAGGAGUGGAUCCAGAGGGAGAUGGAGAGGAUCCAGAGGGAGACAAGGGAGAGGGUCAUUAUGGAGUUGGAGGAGGAUAGGGAGAGGAUGGAGAAGGAGAGGAUGAAGAGGGAGAGUAUGGAUAAGGAGAGGAUUGAGAAGGACAGGAUGGAGAGGGAGAGGAUGGAGAAUGAGAAUAUUGAGAAGAAGAGGGUGGAAAGGGAGAAGGUAGUUUGUGCUAGAUGGGAGAAAAUUAUUAUAGCUGCAGUGAUAGGUGCAGGAUUAGGGCUUUGUGUAGGUGGUGUAGCUGGUGCCAUUGUAGGUUGGAAAGUUGGGGCAGGCAUUGUGGUAGGUGGUGCUGGCGGUAGUGGGCUGCGGUAUGCGUGGAUGGUGCUGGCGAUGAAGUAUGUGGUAGCUGGCG